UCUAUGAAUUAUUGUCGCCUUUCAAAACAGCCUAGCUUACAAUAAACAAAAAUUUCAAAAGAUGAACAGAGUCAAAGGUCAAUGCCGCCUAAUGGCGUGUUAAUUCCCGUUCCAACAAUUUUGACAAUGAUCAACAGAAAUAACGCAAAUGUUGUCUCUUCUUCUUCCUCUGAUCUCACUGUUAUUCCAAAUCCAAUGCUUCACCGUUAAGUCGCAACCUGUUCCGUUAAACCAAAUAUGCUCAAACGUCACAGGCAACUUCACCGUUAACACCCCUUACGCCGUCAACCUCGACCGUCUCAUCUCCUCUUUCUCAUCUCUCCAAAGUAACGAUAACGGAUUUUACAACAUUUCAGUCGGAGACUCCGACGAAAAAGUCAACUCAAUCUCACAGUGCAGAGGCGAUGUCAAACCUGAAGAUUGCAUCAAUUGCAUCGCAAUGGCUGGAAAAAGACUUGUCACGUUGUGUCCGGUUCAGAAAGAGGCGAUUAUUUGGUAUGACAAAUGCACGUUUCGGUACUCAAACCGGACGAUCUUCAAUAGAUUGGAGAUUUUCCCUCACACAAGCAUAACCGGGACAAGAAACUUCACCGGAGAUCGCGAUGCUUGGGAGAAAUCAUUAAGGGGUUUACUCGAAGGGCUUAAAAACAGAGCCUCUGUUAUUGGUCGUAGCAAGAAGAAUUUUGUUGUCGGCGAAACGAGCGGGCCGUCAUUUCAGACAUUGUACAGUCUGGUUCAGUGCACACCGGAUAUUUCGGAAGAGGAUUGUUCCUAUUGUUUGUCUCAGGGUAUUGCAAAGAUCCCAAGCUGUUGUGAUUUGAAAAUGGGUAGUUAUGUGUUGUCUCCUAGCUGUAUUGUGGCUUAUGCUACCUGGAGAUUCUAUGAUCCAGUGGACACUGAUGAGCCAAGCUCAGUGCCUGCGACGCCAUCACGGCCUCCAAAGAACGAGACGAGAACUGUUGUGCAAGGGGAUAAAAACAGAGGUGUACCUCCUAAAGCUUUGAUCUUUGCUGCUGCUUCAGUUGCUAUUGUUGUCUUACUUAUAGUAUUCUUAGUCGUUUUCCUAAGGCCGAGAAGGAAGAAGAAGAACAAAAAUUCGGAACACAGACAUGAAAAUGAAAAUAUUAGCACGGAUUCAAUGAGAUUUAAUUUCAGUGUAUUACAAGAUGCAACAAGUCAUUUUUCACUAGAAAAUAAACUUGGAGAAGGUGGAUUCGGAGCAGUUUAUAAGGCUUGGAGAAAUUGGAAGGAAGGCGUUGCUUUGAAUCUUGUGGACAAGAUUUUGGUGACCAUGUCAAGUUAUUCAUCGAAUAUGAUCUUGAGAUGCAUAAACAUUGGUCUUCUUUGUGUCCAAGAAAAAGUUGCAGAGAGGCCAAGCAUGGCUUCUGUUCUUCUGAUGUUAGAUGGACAUACUACUGCUCUUUCAGAACCAUCAAAACCUGCAUUUUUCUCACCCAGCAAUGCGGUAUCAGAUAGUUCUUCUUCUUUAGGACAUAAUGCAAAAACUUCAAAUUAUAAUUCCAACACUGAGUUGUAUCCUCGGUGAGUUUGUCUGGAAACUGAGAUUAAGAUUUUCAAGAUGAUGAAUCAUGUGAUUUUGAUUAGAUUUGAGUCCAACUCACUGUAAGUGAGGAAAAAGAGUGUUACAAGUCUCUGUUUCACUUUCAAGGAGAGAUGUUUCUAAGUCAUCUCAUCUCUUGAAGAAAACUAGUUGGGAAACAAAUGUACAAAAUCAUU